AUGGAUAAAAGAACUCUAGGUGGGAAGCGAAAGCUUGUUUUUGUUCCAAAGAUACCGGUUGGGGGUCCAGAUGGAAGUCUUAAGGAAAAGUCGGUAAAAUCAGAAAGUCUGGAGAUUGGAGAUGGGCCAAUUGGACUGUUUCAGAUGGAAAAAGAGAGUAAAGAGGUUAAAAAUGAGCGAAUUAAGAUACCAGUUAAAGAUUUAAAAUCAAAAAUAAGUAGUUCAAGUGUUUCCUUAUUAGGAAAUUCAAAAGAAGAACCUUUUUUAUUUCGAUCAGUGGCGGGUGAUGAUGUUUUUGCUGAAGAUUUAGCUAAACUAGGGGAAGGACCGAUUACUGGCUUGAAUUUAGAGAAGAAAAGUUCGAUCUAUAGUGAUACAACUAGUAGAGAGGAGUUUGAAAAUGAAUCAAGAUAUCUUUUGCAAAUGCCAGCUAUCUUACCAGAAGAUAAUCAGACUCAGAUAAGGGGUAAGUUAAGGAUUGAAGAUGAUGGGCGGAUGACUUUAAUUGUGCGUGGUCGAGAGAGUCCAGGGAGUAGUCCGCGGAACUUUGAGUUUUCUUUGACUAUGUCCGAGAUGGGUACAGCUCAGGAAGCUUUUAAGCAGCAGGUUGGGGGAGAAGAAGGGAGUAAAGUCUUUGUGAGUCAAGGGAGUAUUAAGAAGAAGCUCAUUUCGCAGAUUAAAUAG